AUCGAUCACGUGGCGCAUCAGAUCCAGAAAGUGAUGGCAGACGCGGGCGCGGACGAGGUGCCACGCAGCAUGGGUCGUCGACCAAAGCUCUUGGCCAUGCUCCUGGGCUUCUGGACGGUGGCCGCUGUCUGCCGCAUGUGGUACAUGGUGGGCUUCUUCGACGUCGACGCCGAGCUCGUGCCGCCGAAGGAGUAUGCGAUGACCGAGGAAUCGAUGGCGUUCAUUGUGUACAGCUCCAUGUGGGAGGAGUCGCGCUUCGCAGAGCGCAUCACGGCCAUUCGCGAGACGUGGGCAACGACGAUCCCGCAUCUCUACUGCGUGCAGACCAAGACGCCCGAGUUCCGCGUGCCUGCCGUGACCGAGGCCAGGACAAAGACAUCACCAGGCUUUACGCUACUCGUGCCACCGACGAGCCUAGCGUCGACGCCAGCCAUGUACGCGAUCAUGAAGGUCUUUACCGACGCGCCGCAGCACGAGUGGUUCUACCUCGCGGCCGACUCGUCGUACGUCAUUCCAUCCAACCUCGUGCAUUUGGUGCAGGGCCUUGACGCGAACGAGCCGUACUUUCUUGGACACCCGCUCGUACUGCCAACGUCCGGGCCCUACUCGUGGCCCAAGCUGAACCACUUGACUUUCAACUCGAUGGCCGGGCUCCUCCUCAGUCGCGGCGCCGUCAACGAGUACAUGGCGGCGGUCGCCAACGGCUGCCACGCGCGCUGCGUCGCGUGUGGCGAGGACCUCAAGAUCGCGUUUUGCCUCCGCGAACGAAACGUGUUGGCGCUCAACACCAAGGAGCCGGGCUCGGGCCGCGACAUCCUUCACAUCUUUUCGCCUGGCAGCCUCGUCAACAAUCCGCGCGUCAACGGCACGUACGACUACACGCCGGCCAACUGCGACUGGUUCCAGCUCUACUCGAUCUGGCCGAUCCACAUGUCACUCGACUGCUGCGGCACGCACUCGGCGCUCUUCCACUACACCAACGCCGCCGAGAUCCGAGCCAUUCACGCGUUGCUCUACGACGUCGCGCCACACGUACCCAAGGGCGAGGGUGUGACGGACGCCGACCUCCUUCGGCUCGUCCGAGUCCACGCCAAGCACGUUUUCAGCGACUUUCCGAGCUAUACGCACCCGAGCUAUCGCCGCGUCCGGCACCUUCUCUUGCGCCAGAUUCAAAUUGCGCCCGCGACCUGGGACAGUCCGGUCGUGCGGCAAGUACGCGCCAUCUCGGACGACGAGCGUGCGCACGCGGGCCAGACAGGCGUCGUGACGUAGUAACGCCCGCACGUGUGCAUGGUCUUGGCGCCGAGCAAGAGCC